AUCUUGGUGCCAGAUACCACAGCACACCUUCGGAGGUCUUGUGGAGUCCACAAGGGGGACCUACACAAUAUUAGGCAGGUGGUUUUAAUGUUAUGGUUGAUCAGAUAUGUACUGUAUAUCCUUGUAGGCUAUAACUGUUUAAAAUCAGUAAACUUGCUGACUCUAUUUUGAACCAAAAAAGUCUGAUCUGUCCACAACACACAAUGCCAUCUGUAGUUCUAAUGUCGCAUGGUGACGUUUCAGUUCUACAUGUUUUUCAGAGAAAAUAUGAUUAUUUAAAAAAAAAAAAAAAAAGUUAUAAUGACAAUUUAAAACAAAAACAAAGAUAAAUAAUGUCUCUUAUUGCUUGAGUGGAAAACUUGAAUCAUUGUGUGUAAUGUUCAUUUCAUACAAUCACAUUUGCAUCUUUUUUUUUUUUUAAAGAAAGCUGGCAAUCUUUUUGAAAGGCGCUGUAGAUUCUUUUCUUUGCAUAUUUUAGCUUGGGGUGAUGUGAAUAAUUUAAUGUAGUCUAAUCUAAUUGCACCUAAUCUAAUUGUGUCAGCUUGAGGGCUGACCACAAACACAAGCCCACAGAGCGCUAUACACAACUCAGGGGUGAAUAAAUAGAAAUGAUUUACGUAUUAAAUGUACAGCAGAGCCCCUGUGGGUGAAGCUCACCGGUCCAAACAUCAUUAUAGCAACUUUAUUUCCGAGUGUGACUUACAGAGCGGAGGUUGGGGGAAGAACAUUCGCCACAUGACUUCCUGUCUGCAUGUGUUUUUGUUUUAUUUUUUUUAUGUCGAGUGUGAACCACGGAGGUGAAAGAAAUGUUUUCCACCAGUGUCUGAGCGAGGUGGCUGACGAGACGCACGGAAAAAAAAAAGGCACAUGUCAGGAGAUCGCUCUAUCGAGGACUGAUUUACACCCAAACUCCAAAAGACGUGAAACCAGAAAAACCCUCUGAAGAUGAACACCUCCAGCAACAUCUCGUGCGACGGCGAGUGGAGUGCCGAUUUCCAGUUCUACCUGUUCCCCAUCACCUACAUCCUCGUGAUGGUGUUCGGUCUGCUGGGGAAUCUGGGAGCUCUUUACGUCUUCAUCUUCAAAACAGAGCACAAGUCCCCCUCCAGCGUUUACGUCAUCAGCCUUGCAGUGGCGGACACCGUUUUCCUGUGUGUCCUCCCCUUCCGCAUUCACUACCACCUCAACGGCAACAACUGGACCUUCGGAAACACGGCGUGUCGCCUGACCGGUACGCUCUUCUUCUCCAACGUCUACAUCAGCAUCGCCUUCAUGAGCUGCAUUUGUGUGGACCGCUACCUUGCCACCGUCCAUCCCCACACGUACCUGCGGCUCCGUAACACGCACUGUGCUGCAGCUGUCUCCGCCUGCCUCUGGGUGCUCGGAGGGACGACCAUUUUAACCUUCAUGUUCACAUCUCCGGAUAUGCAUACGACCGGGGGGCAGGUGAGCUGCUUCGAGAACUUUUCAGAGGACGAAUGGAAGACGAAUCUGGCUCCGUACAGCGCCUACAGCCUGGUAUUCGGCGCCUUGCUUCCCUCAAUCAUCAUCUUGGUGCUCUACCCGGUGGUGGCGCGUCGGAUCGCACGGAUCAAGACGCGAACAGCGCGCAAUGCCCUGAGGAUCAUCUACACCAUCCUGGCCAUCACAGUCCUCUGCUUCUUGCCCUACCACCUAGUGUACUUUCUGCACGUGCUGUGGCGAACUCAGGUCAUCCAUAACUGCAUGCUAGCUGACGUUAUCUACAAAGCGAGGCGUGUUACCAUGGCGCUGGUCAGCAUGAAUAGCCUACUCGACCCUGUGCUGUAUUACUUCGCCACCAGCCACUGCAAGUGGACCUGCAAAUGGAACUUCAAGAAGCUGAAGCCAAAGAAGAAAAGAGGCAUCUACGCCAUCUCGGAGAGUUUAUAAGCUCAACGAAGAAACAAUCUCCAUUUGUCGAGAUGAGGAGGGGCGUCUAUGUGACUCAUACAGCCUACGAGUGCCUUGGAAGGAUUUUUCUCUUGAAAUAUUCUACUGUUUGAAAUGAUAAUUGAUUGACCUGGGGCUGAAAAUUGAAGGAAAAAAUGUAUUUUUCAUUUUGAAAUC